AUGGGGCGAACGCAAGCCCCACUUCGCACAGUGGCACUUCUAUGCAUGUCCGGCAUCUGGAGCCUGGUACUGCCUGUUUCGUUUCUGUGCACCACCAGCAGGCGAAGAGCCAUGCCGACUGCUUUUCCAAAGCUUGGUCGGAGACCCCAUGUCUGUCUCCAUGCCGGUGUCCCUGAUGACCUAGCAGGCGUCAGGCUCCCGAAAUACGUGGAGAUCUCACAAGAAGCACUCCUGGCAGCAGCGGUUGUGCAGAACAAGAAGGAUGACUUGCAGAAGUUGCUGGAUGCAGGGGCCCCGCUGGAAGCUAUUUCCGGCAAGGGCCGAACCGCCCUGGCGUGUGCAGCAGUGGCGGAUGAUGAGGAGAGCGCCCGACUGCUGCUGGACAAAGGUGCUCAACUGGAGGCAUUGGACGAUUCUGGUCGGACGCCUUUGGCUUUGGCUGCUGCCUAUGGGAAUUUCGCCCUUGUUCGCUUCUUCGUGGAAGCCGGGGCAAACAUAGAGGCGAGAGACAACGGAAAGAUGACAGCGCUCCUUUGGGCUUCCGUGAAUGGCAACGAAGAUGUUGUUCGGUUCCUUCUGGAUAACGGCGCGGACAUCCACGCUGAGGAUGAAGAUGGCAUGACAGCACUGAAACUGGCAACUUUGGGUAAACGCGACGAUGUCAUGAAGCUGCUACUCUUGGUCGAGGUUGAUUUCCCACAGCAGCUGAUGUGA